AUCAACACGACCAACAAACACCACCUUGCUAUGGCCUACUUCCGCAUUACACUCCUCCGCUCGGCCAUCGGUCUGCCCAAAAAGACCUCGGGCGUGCUGCACGCGCUCGGCCUCAAAAAGCGCCUGACGACCGUCUACCAACCCGUUUCGCAAUCAGUCGCAGGCCAAAUUUUCGCCAUCAAAGAAUUGGUCGAUGUCACAGAAGUGGACAGGCCGCUGACACAUGUGGAGAUGAAGGAGCUGAGAAGACCCGAUCCUGGAUUCUGGGUCGAGAGCAGGGCGCGAGAUGUCAGGAAGGAGCUCUGAAGGGAGAGUCAAAAGCUAGGGAUCAAGGACGGAUGACCUUGCCGUUACCCCCAGGCGAUGUCCUAGAUAUGGCGGGUCUCGAAGAGAUGGGGGGCGUGCCAGCACCACUUUUUGAACACGCCGUAACAUCUUCUGGCAGCAUCAAUGAUGUGACGUCCGCGAAGGAGACACUGGGCUAUUGACGUUGGAGAGGCUGCCUGCCGUCAAAUACAUCGGUAUAGCUUGGCUGUUGAUGCUCAGGCUGCUGGAAGGAGAAUCUGGAUGUCCAACGGCGACAUGGCCCGUCCAUGGAUGAAGAAACACGGUCAUGACAUUGACAAGACGAUAUUGACCUUUUAUGACUGCACGAGCAACCGAGCCAGCUCUAGCGAAGUACACACCGCAGCGGGAGCAGAAGGAGGUCUUUGACAGAGAAGGAAUCUUGACAGGCGAUAAUAUCAUGCGGCGGCGCUGACCAUUUCUGUCUCGUUGAGCCAAGUUGAGCCAAGGCAAAUUUUUUCACCUGUCCAACGGUACCAGUAUUGUAUUUACAAGAACAAAAAUGAUACAAAUGCUGCGCGACAAAAUCUCUUGAUUCCAAUAGGUCUGCUGCACUGGAGUCGCACAUGUAUGUACCUACUAUAGGAAGUCACCUCAAGCAUCA